AUGGCUGAAGCCCACUCUGCUGUUGCCUUUUCCUUCACUGUGACCCCUGAUGGGUAUGAUGUCAACAUCAAUCAUGAGGCUCUCCGAGCUGUCUGGGAGAGUGGCGUUCUUUCCUGGAAGAAGAGGAUUGGUCGACUAAAGAAUCAAAUUCGGAAUGGCGUCUUUCCAGCAUCCCUCUCCUCUUGGCUGUUUGUGGCCACUCUUAUUUUGGGGAUUAGGCUUACUGGUCUGUUUGAUCCUUCCUAUGGAUUUAUUGACCUGAUCCACAAACAUACGCCUGGAAUCAAAAAUGCAUCCCAUCCAGUUGGGCUGUACUGCAGCACAAUUCUGUUUGCCACCCUAGCAUGGAUCGUCAAGUGCCUGGUGCUAAAGUACUUCCUGAAGCUUCUGCUCACCUACCACAAUUGGAUAUAUGAAGUACAUGGUAAAAUGACGUUGAAGACCAAGCUUUGGUUUAUGCUGAUUCGAUUGUAUGGAGGCAGAAAACCUUUACUUAUGAGUUACCAGGCCUCCCUGCCCAAGCUUCCAGUACCCAGCAUUAAAGAAUCAGUGGACAAUUAUUUGCACUCAGUAAAACAUCUGAUGUCCGAAGAAAACUACAAGGAAAUGGAAAAACUUGCUGAAGACUUCCAGUCAGGGAUUGGAAAUAAGUUGCAGCGCUAUCUCAUCCUGAAAUCAUGGUGGGCCACUAAUUAUGUGUCCGAUUGGUGGGAGCAGUAUGUGUAUCUCAGAGGCCGGUCACCAAUUAUGGUCAACAGCAACUACUAUGGAGUGGAUGCCCUGCUGGUAUCUCAUUCAACAGUCCAGGUGGCUCGGGCUGCCAACCUAAUAUACGCCAUGCUCAUGUACAGGAGAGAAUUAGACAGGGAGGAACUCAGUCCCAUUCUCAUCAAUAAGAUUGUUCCACUUUGCUCUGCUCAGUAUGAGCGCCAGUUCAACACAACACGGAUUCCAGGAAUUGAAACAGAUCAUCUACUUCAUCUAAAAGACAGCAAUCACAUCACAGUUCAUCACAAGGGCCGCUACUUCAAAGUCUACAUUAGACACAAGGGCAAACUACUCAAGCCUUGUGAGAUAGAAAUAAUGCUGCAGAAGAUUGUUGAUGAUGAGAGCGUCCCAGCUGAGGGUGAGGAGCACCUGGCAGCACUUACGGCAGGUGAGAGGAUCCCUUGGGCCAAGGCUAGGAAGGAGUUCUUCAGUAAAGGCAAAAAUAAGGCUUCCCUGGAUGCUAUUGAGAAGGCUGCCUUCUGUGUAAGCCUGGACACAGAGCCUCAGAUGUAUGAUCCUAAUGACCCAUCAAAGCUUGACCGCUAUGGGAAGGCGAUGCUGCAUGGCAAGGGACAUGACCGAUGGUUUGACAAGUCCUUUACCUUCGUUGUUUGCUCAAACGGAAUGAUUGGCUUUAACGCUGAGCACUCGUGGGCUGAUGCACCCAUCAUGGCACAACUGUGGGAGGUUUCCCAGUGCCAGCAGGUGAUCCAGACAAGUCUACAGGUGGCCCGCGCUCUGCUCAACGAUGUGGAUCUGCACAUCAUGAUGUUCCGGGAGUUUGGUAAGGGCUUUGUCAAGACAUGCAGGGUCAGCCCAGAUGCUUUCAUACAGACAGCUGCAGCUAAGAACUACCGGCUGGAGAAACACUUCUGUCUGACAUACGAGUCUUCUAUGACCAGACUGUUCCGUGAGGGCAGGACGGAGACAGUCAGGUCUUGCACACAGGACACCUGCAACUUUGUCAAGGCUGUUGAAGAAGGAAGACCGAACACAGAGUGUAUCAAACUAUUACAAAAGGCAGCAGAAUUCCACCAGAAACUCUAUCGGGACUCCAUGACCGGCAAAGGUGUUGACCGACAUCUCUUCUGCCUGUAUGUGGUGUCCAAAUACCUGGGCGUGGACUCACCUUUUCUGGCUAAAGCUCUCAGUGACCCCUGGAAGUUGUCCACUAGCCAGACUCCUCACCAGCAGACAGACAAAUUGGAUCUUGACAAGCAUCCAGAUCGUAUCUGUGGCGGAGGUGGUUUUGGUCCAGUAACUGAUGAUGGCUAUGGUGUGUCCUACAUGAUUGCUGGAGAGGACACCAUCUUCUUUCACAUCUCUUGUAAAAAAUCCUGCCCACAUACGGAUGCUCACAAGUUUGGAGCCACUCUGAAGCAGUCUCUAUGUGACAUGCGGCACCUGUUUCAAAAGUGA